AUAUCGAAAAGAAGAAGAAGAGCAAGAGCAUAGGAAGAACGAAAAGUUUUUGUAAUUUGGAAAUAAACCCGAUCCCAAUGUCCGGAUGCGAUGCAUUUAGCCUGUAAACGCACCACAGGGAUGUGGAAUUCCGUGACCGAAGCCUCCGGAGUAGCUUCUCGCCUUCCAGCCGUCGUCCAGUGCUGAUCUGGGCGGAUGUUUCAGGGCUCUUAUUGAUUUUUACGGUUUCGGAACUGAUACGCAUUUUGCCGUUGGCCGAUCUUCCCCGGAAACUGCGUUGCAGGAGGAUCGAGCAUGAGAGUGCGGUGCUAGUGGGCCGGAGGGAAUACAAACAAGAGCCCAAGCCAUGGGCGGCUCCGUGAGCCAGGUGUUCCGCUCCGGAUCCGCACUCCUCUCGCAUCGCGAUGGCAAGCUGUCGAAGGCCACCGAGGAGACCAUCCAGACGCUGUUCGACAUCCUGCGCGCCAACCCCAAGGUGUCGCUGCAGACGCUCGAGAGCCUGCUCAUCCAGAUACCCAAGAACGAGAACAUCCUGGCCAUGCACGACGACUAUGGCUACAACAUCCUGCAGCGCAGCGUUGGCCUCAACCACAUCGAUCUCACCAAGUGGCUUCUGCACCGCCACCGCCCGGACGUGAACCGCUCGCCCUGCUCCCUGCCCCUGCACAUCGCCACCCUGCGUGGCUACGAGGAGUGCGUGGAGCUGCUUUUGCGACACGGCGCUCGUAUCGACGUGGACACCAGGAUGUGCUUUCCCGGCGCCCACACUCGCAACUGCGAGGAGAGCGGCAAGUGGCACAACAACGUGGACGACGUCAGCGAGCGGCUGAACACCAAGCUGCAGAACGCCCUCUACUACGCCAUCGACGGGGAUCAGUACAACGUGCUCAGCCUGCUGACCCAGAAGAUGGAGGAGCCAUGGAUCCCUUUCCGCGUAAAAAAGCCGUUGCUGCACCUGGCCUGCGAACGCGGCGCCUGGAAUUGCGUCCAGCAGCUGGUAGUAACGCGCUCGGAGGAAAUCAAUCUCAUCAUGGACGAGUAUUACCCGAUUCACCACGCCGUGCUCCAUGACGGCCGAUUCCUCGAGCUUCUCAUCCAUCAGGGCGCUAUCACAACUGUACGGACUUGCACCCAGCAGAUGACCCUGCUGCACGUGGUUAUCUUCGCUGCUCGCAAAUCUGCGGACGAUACCCUAGCCACUCUUCGCAUCCUGCUGGAACGUGGCUGCAAGGAGCUUAUCAACGCGCCCGACUCCCUGGGAAACACCCCGUUGCACGCCUUGAUAGUGCGCUAUGCCCUGGAGGAAGCUCGCUAUGGCUACGACAAGUGGAGCAAGUGGGACGUCCUUCAUCUAGUUCGAUUCCUGCUGCAGAACGGGGCCAAACAGUCGAUCAAUCAGGCGGGAAACAGUGCCAUGGCCUGUGUGUUUCGACAUCUACGGGAUUGGGAAGUCUGCUACGAGCUGUUAAACAUGCUCAUCAAGGAAAAUGGGGAUCCCAACAUCGUCGGGAGAGAUGGAUCUGUGCCCAUCAUGGUUCUGCUAGUGCCAUUAAUUAAUAAGGAUCACCUGCAUCAUUUCACGCACUCAAUGAAGGUCUGCUAUCUGAACUGCAUCCGCAUGCUGCUGCAGCAUGGAGCCAAUCCCAAUUGCUCCUACCGCGCCAACCUCAAGCCGCUGCACGUGCUCGUGUUCACGGUGAGCGAGAACUUUACGCUCAACUGCGACGCCCAGAAGCGCACAAACUUCGACUUCAUCAAGAACAUCCUGCUGAUGCUGCUUCAGCACGGCCUGGACUGCAAUAAGACAUAUCAGCACAUUCUGCAGGCGGUGAUGGACAUGGUGCAGAAUGUGCGCACCUGCCACGACAUGGAAUGCGUCUACGAGCUGACGUUGACGCUAAUCCAGUACGGGGCAGAUCCCAAUAUUGUGCUGAGCGGCAAGACUACGCCCGGCACCGCCAUCUUCUCCAACGAGCUGGCCACCUUCCGAAGUUCGUUCCGCACCAAUUCGUGCUACCUGCUUUUCUACUACAUUAUCCUGAUCACGAAGAAGGAGUUCAUCCUAAACGAUCCGCACGCGACGUACACGCGUGUGAUACACCUCUUCUACCUGACCAUGCAGCACGAGCCGCUCUUCAAUUGCCUCAAGGCGCUGCACAACUUUUACGUGGCCCAGGUGCCCAGCAAGAAGACGGAGCAGCUGAUAGCCCUGAUCUCGUCGCUCUAUCGUCGGCCGCGCAGCCUGAAGCAGCUGUCCCGCUGGGCCAUCUACGAGGCGAUGAACCGCAAGUUGGCCCAGAACAUCAACCGCCUGAACCUGCCCGGUCCGCUCAAGGACUAUGUGCUGCAGUUCGAGAGGUAGCGAGUGGAGCGGCCCAAGGACCAAUGAAUCCCAACCGCAGAGAACUAGAGUCAAUCACUACUGUUGCCCCUAGGCUAUGUAAUGUUUAAUACGCAUAUUCGCCUACACCAGUAGGUAUGUAGUUACGCAAUAAUUACGAACUAUCAGGCCUGUUUCGGGUUGCCCUACUCCUUUGAUAUCGACAAAUGGAUAGAUAUGUAAAAAUUUUUUUAACAUCUUGGUAUUUCGCUGAAUUCUCCUUGAUUAAUGCUCGAAAGAGAUAUGUUUGAACCGGAACAGGCCCGUAUAUGAUAUAUGGAAACGCUUAAACGUACCUAGACACGACAUAAAACACACUCGAGAAGCCAAUUUAAAUAUUGUCAAAUCAAACACGUGCAAUUUCUUUGAUACGAAUCUAUUGAUACUAUUGUGAGGGAGGAACGCUCAUCUAUGUUUUGUAAUUCUAUACGUACAACUUUGUGAACUGUAAUGCGCUUUACACUAUACAAGCACGUCCCGCCCCCGCACCUUCCGCCCUCACCCCUCUCCAGAGCCCCCUCUCAUGCUGCAUAAGUUAUAGGACAUAAACUUAAGGCUGUUUUUUGACAAACAUUUCGGGUGUUUUAGAAUUUUGUAUAUUCGAACGCAAUCGAAGGAGCGAGACGUUAUGUAAUUAUUAUUGUAACUAUUAUUAUUGUUGCUAAACCGUUGUUAAUCUCUGUAUCUAUAAUGUCAUUUUCAAUCGAAUUGAUAACGCUAUCGAUCAAUAAAUAAACAUAAACUUUCA